GGAAGAGCAGUGCAAAAACAUUCUCGUUUACAAGUUGGAGACAGAUUGAUUAUGACCUUUCACAUGCUGGGAGUCCAUUGCCCUCCUGCAGGUCUAUGUCCUUAUCCCCUGGAAAGAGAAGAGGUUCGUCUGGGAUGUGAAGAUGCAGAUUCUUCAUCCUCAGUUGUCACAGAGGGCUAAGUAUAGUCAUCAAAACUCCACUUCCCUUGACAAUCUACAUCCAAAUGCAUAAGAUUAUAUCUAAGUGUAUACUUUCCAUCUUCAGUCCCUUUGGCAGGUUGUUGUAUAUUAUGUUUAAUACAUGUGCAAAAAACUCUAUAAAGAGAAAAUGUGAUAAACAAUUGUUUGCAAUAUUUUCGUCUACUACUGCUAAAUAAUUGUGAGUUUAAGUUGAAUAAUGGCACUACCAAUAUAGGUGUAUACAAUUAGGCUAUGCUAAGCUAAACAGGCUUAGCAAACAGAGCCUGUGCCUUAAGGCACUGUAAUAACAAAUCUUCUGCAUAAUUUCUCCAUAUAAAUAAAAAGUUUUGGCCCACUGUUCAUUGAAAUCUAAGAUGGUAGUGCAUUUAGAUGAAAUUCCAAUUUUAGUGUGCCACCCUUCUACAGUUUGUACCUCAUCAUAGCAUUGUAUUUCUGCAAAUAAAUUGCUAUGUGUAUCUGCACAGGUGAAUGACAGCAGUCUGGAGAAAGUAUCUCAUGAGAGGCUGUAGCCAUUUUGAAGAAUACAUCGGAUAUAGUCCACUUGAAGCUGGGAAAGCCCACAGGGUCUGCCUGUGAAAUGCGUAUGAGAUUCCUGAUAUUUCAAAUUCACUUUUUCUCAUGUAUAAUCACACUUUGUCAAUGAUCAACUACGGCGCUGUGGAGUACAAGUCUGGAUGGUCUUCCAUCUAUCCUGAGAAUUAUUCUUCUAUCUGUACACAUGAAAUAGUCAAAGACCAUUUAAAAAGGGAACCCAGGACAGUUGUACUCCACAAGGGAUCCACCGGCCUUGGCUUCAACAUAGUCGGGGGAGAAGAUGGUGAAGGCAUCUUUGUCUCCUUCAUCUUAUUAGGCGGACCAGCAGACCUUAGUGGAGAGUUGAGGCGGGGUGAUGAAAUCCUAUCUGUUAAUGGCAUUGACCUUCGUGGAGCCACACAUGAACAGGCAGCAGCUGCACUGAAGGGAGCCGGGCAGGUGGUCACCAUUGUUGCUCAGUACAAACCAGAAGAAUAUGGACAUUUUGAAGCCAAAAUCAAUGACCUUCGAGAACACAUGAUGAACCACAGUUUGUGCACUGAGUCGGGGUAUCUGCAAACCAAUCAGAAGAAAUCACUCUAUGUCAGGGCACUAUUUGACUAUGAGAAGUCAAAGGACAGUGGACUACCAAGCCAGGGGCUGAGUUUCAAGUAUGGUGAUAUCCUUCAUGUUACCAAUGCAUCAGAUGAUGAGUGGUGGCAAGCCUGCCGUGUCACCAGCCAUGGAGACAGCAAGGAGAUAGGAGUCAUUCCCAGCAAGAAAAGAGUGGAACGGAAGGAGCGGGCACGUCUAAAAACUGUGAAAUUUAAUGCCAGUGCAGGACUGUGUGAUUCAAAAGUGUCAUUCACUGACAAGCAAAAAAAAAAAUUCAGCUUUACACGAAAGCCCCCAUUCUGCAAGAACAAAGUUGCUGAACAGGAUGGCAGUGAUUCACAGCGAAGUCAAGAUGAUGCAAGACUAUCCUAUGAAUACGUGCUACGCCAAGAAGUUGAUUAUGCUAGACCUGUCAUCAUUCUUGGACCCAUGAAGGACAAAAUCAAUGAAGAUCUGAUUGGCGAGUUUCCGGACAAGUUUGGUUCUUGUGUCCCACACACCACAAGGCCAAAACGGAGCUAUGAGGUUGAUGGGCAAGACUAUCUCUUCGUGAUGUCCAGAGAGCAGAUGGAGAAAGACAUCCAAGAACACAAGUUCAUAGAAGCUGGACAAUACAAUGACAAUCUUUAUGGGACCAGUGUCCAGUCUGUAAAACAUGUAGCUGAGAGGGGCAAACACUGUAUUCUGGAUGUCUCUGGAAAUGCCAUUAAACGACUUCAAGUAGCACAGUUGCAUCCAAUAGCCAUCUUGAUAAAACCUAAGUCUGCUGAUUCAUUAAUGGACAUGAAUAAGAAAUUGACUGAGGAACAAGCGAAGAAGAUAUUUGAAAAGGCUGUGAAGCUGGAGAGGGAGUUUGGCGAAUUCUUUACAGCUCUGGUUCAAGGAGACACCUUAGAUGAUAUUUAUCACAAGUCUAAACAAGUCAUUGAUGAACAUUCAGGACCCUACGUCUGGAUUCCAUCAAAUGAAAAAUUAAAAUGACUCAUGACCUUGGAAGGCUGCUGGGAACAAGAUGCAAGCAGUCAUUUCUAAUCCUCUAAAACUGUCAGUUUUACUGUUACUCUUAUUUUAUUACAUUUUUUCCCUCCAUGACUUUUUUUGUUAAUGUCAC